CGAUUUGAAUAUAAACAGAUUGCAAUGUACUGGAAACGGUCAUCGCUUGUAAUAGCGAUAUUUGCCUUAUUCCUCCAAGUAGGUUCUCAAGAACGUCUUCAACACCUGGCGAAAGCCAAUAAUAAAGUCUGUUUUUCUCUACUGAAAACGUUUCCUGCUGAGAAAAAUGCUUUCUUCUCACCUGUGAGCAUCAACACGGCUCUAGCCAUGGCUUAUAGCGCUGCAAGAGGCAAAACGGCAGAACAAAUGAGUCACGUUCUUCGAUACAACGAAAUCGGUGCCAACGAAGAAACCGUUCACCGAAACUUUGCUUCUCUAAUUAAUCUGUUAGACAACGGUUCCGACGAAUAUAAACUGAAGAUUGCCAAUGCCAUUGUUUCUCAAAGUAAUUAUAAAAUAUUACCCGAAUACAGAGAGUUAUUGCAGCGCAAUUACAAGGCACUUCUCAAAAAAGUCGACUUUGCUAGUAACAACGGACGGGCCGUUGAAGAAAUAAAUAAUUGGGUUAGUCAGAAAACCAACGGGAAAAUCUCAAGCAUGGUCCAGAGCCUCCCCCCUUUGACAAGAAUGAUCCUCUUGAAUGCAAUUUACUUUAAGGGAAUAUGGAAGAAAACUUUCGACGUCGAUGCCACUAAAAACGAAACCUUUCUGAACUACGGAAUCGAACGUGCCGCUGUUCCUAUGAUGAAUAUGAAGGAAACGUUUCCUUACGCAGAUUUUGAAGACGAAGGCUUUCGGGCAUUAGAAUUACCCUACAAAGGGGAGGAUAUAGGUAUGGUUAUUUUGCUGCCAAAUACAAUGGAUGGACUAAAGAAAUUAGUAAAUGAAAUUGAUGUGGAUAAGCUAGAAGACAUAUUCUCAAAUCUGACACCGAGGAAAGUAAAUAUUAAAUUACCGAAAUUCAAAAUGGAAGAUUUUAGAGAACUGAAACAGAGUUUUCAAUCGUUAGGUAUGCGAGAUGCUUUUAAUGGCGAUGCAGAUUUUUCUGGAAUCAGCGGUAAGAGGGAUUUGCACGUUUCAAAUAUUCUGCAUAAGGCUGUGAUUGAAGUAAACGAAGAAGGAAGCGAAGCUGCUGCUGCAACUGGUAUAACAUUUUAUGCCAGAACAAACGUAAGAAAUAAGGUUUUACCUCUUUUCUUUGUCGAUUGCCCGUUCCUGUUUUUUAUUCGUGAUCGAAGGACUGAUAUGAUCUUAUUCGCUGGGCGUAUUAAUAAUUUAUGCAAAAUGGCUUUCAAGAUGUCCGACAAUUUGCUGUCAUUAGAAAAAAAUGAAAAGUUUCGAGGAGAAGCUUUGAUCUGUUCAGUCGAAAGUGGAUUUUGUGCUGCUUUCAAAUUUGGCGCCGUGGGUUACGCUAUAGUGUUAGUAGGAGUAGUAUUAGUUCUUACCGAAAUGGAAUUCAAACAGUUAAUACAAGAUUUUUCUCUUGUGAGAAGAGGCGAGAGAAAUUUCUAUUUCAAUCUGAGAAAUUUGAUGAUUCGUCACGAAGAAUUGUGGAAUUUCGUCAGUCAACUUAAUACUAAAUUUAGUUAUCCUUCUGUGGUUAUCUAUCUCGGUCUAAUAUGUGGAACCAGUUUUUCUUAUUAUGCAUUGUUCUUUAUAGAUGUAAAUGAUGCAAUUAGAUUAGAAUUUCUGGCAAUAGUUGUCUUCUCCACUUUCACUUGUAUUAUUGGAGCUUGUUUGUUGUGCAGUUUUGCUUUUUCGAUGCAAAAUGGCUUUCAAGAUGUUCGACAAUUUGCUGUCAGCAAUUUACAUCCGGAAGAAAAGUUAAAAAUCUUAAAUUUCAUGAAAAGGUUUGGGAAAGUGUCGAUGUGUUUCAUGAUCGGUGGUAUUUAUCCAGUUACGAAAAGAAUUCCUUUCAAAAUUUACAAUGUAGCAUUUAUCUAUCCAGCGUUAGAAAAAAAUGAAAAGUUUUACGGAGAAGCUCUGAUUUGUGCAGUCGAAAGUGGAUUUUCUGCUUCUUUCGGAUUUGGCGCUAUGGGUUACGCUAUACUGUUAGUAGGAGUAUUAUUAGUUAUUACCGAAAUGGAAUUCAACCAAUUGAUACAAGAUUUUUCUCUUGUGAGAAGAAGCGAGAGAAAUUUCUAUUUCAAUCUGAGAAAUUUGAUGCUUCGUCACGAAGAAUUGUGGAAUUUCGUCAAUCAACUUAAUACUAAAUUUAUUUAUCCUAAUUUUGUUAUCUAUCUCGGUUUUAUAUGUGCAACCAGUUUUUCUUAUUAUGCAUUGUUUUUUAUAGAUGUAAAUGAUGCAAUUAGAUUAGGAUUUAUGACACUAGCUGUGUUCUUCACCUUCACUUGUAUUAUUGCAGCUUGUUUGUUGUGCAGUUUUGCUUUCUCGAUGCAAAAUGGCUUUCAAGAUGUUCGACAAUUUGCUGUCAGCAAUUUACAUCCGGAAAAAAAGUUAAAACAUAUAUUCCGCGUUAACUGCUGUAAAUUUACAUUUCUCUCCACUUACGGCAGACAUAAAAGAAUGGCUCGUUUGCUGGUUGCAGCAUCUUUCUUGGUGGUAGCUUCAUUUGUUCUCGGGAAAGAAGACGGAAUAGAAUCACUAAAAUAUGUCAAUAACGUAAACUUUGGACAUAAAUUAUUCAGGAACAUCAGUAGAUACGAGAAGAAUUUCUUCUUUUCUCCUCUCAGCGUAUCCAGUUUAAUGAGCCAAAUCUAUAUGGGAGCUAAAGGAGAAACUCGUGAAGAGAUGGGAAGUCUCGGCCAUAUUUUCUUGGAUCUGUUUGAUAUUAACGUACACGAAACGUAUCACAAGUUAUUCAGACAAUUAGAGAGGAGAACAACGGAUUAUCAAUUGGAGAUCGCAAACGGUCUCUUAACGCAGGUAGAUUUCGAAAUUUUGGACGAAUACAGAAAUUCAUUACAGCGUUACUACGAUACUUUAGUCGAAGAAGUCGACUUCGUACAGGAUAACGAUAGAGUUGUACAGCAGCUUAAUUCGUGGGUAAGAGAGAAAACUCACGGAAAAAUCGCCUCACUCGUAGAUCAUUUAGAUUCAAGCACUCGACUUGUACUACUCAAUGCCAUAUACUUCAAGGGAACGUGGAAAACGCAAUUCGACCCCGAACUCACCCAGGACAGGCCAUUUUAUAAUAACGGAGGUGAAAACUCUGUGUCAGCUCCUACUAUGAGGAUAAAUACCAAAUUUCCUUUCUUCGAUGACUACGAUAGAAAAGUUAAAGCCUUACUGUUACCGUAUAAAGGUGAUGAUAUUAGUAUGUUAGUUGUUUUACCCUACGAAAGAAACGGUUUGGAAAGGAUGAAGAAGGAACUGGUAAAUGAUGACUUAACUUCAUUCCUCGACAACUUAGAUACGACUAAAGUUAUUGUUUCUCUUCCGAAAUUUAAGUUUGAAAGCUCUAGAGAAUUGAAAGAGGAUUUCAAAAAGGCUGGAAUCGUUAAACUGUUUGAUAGUCGGGCCGAUUUAUCAGGUAUCACCGGAGAUAAGAGCCUCUACGUUUCUGAAAUCAUCCACAAAGCGAAAAUAGAAAUUAACGAAGAAGGAAGCGAAGCAGCUGCAAUUACAGGAGGCAUUAUCUCUGAUAGAAUGUUACCUCUGCCUUCGAUUAUCAACGAAUUUAACGCAGAUCAUCCUUUCCUGUAUUACAUCGUACAUAAUCCAACAAAGGUUAUCAUUUUUAUGGGUAGUGUUGACGAAUUGUAAACAGUUUGUUAAACUAAAAAAUAUUACCUUUUUCCAAGUAAUAAAAGAAUUUAGAAUUUAAA